UUGCUCUACUAUAUAAAUACUUAUACAAAUUCAGUACAUUUCAUAUAUCAUAUCAAACAGUUUCUAAUAAAUUAUUAAAUCUUUCUUACAAAAUCAAGCCAAAAAAAUGGAACCAACUUUCAACGAUGAAAAAUCUCUAUUCAAUUUUGUUGUUAGAGAUGGAAAUGGUGUGAAAGGCCUAGUCGAUUUAGGUGUGACAAAAGUACCAAAACGGUACGUGCAACCACCGAAGGAGCGCAUAGAGAAGACCAAUAAUAACAAUAAUAAUCCCACAGCCGCCCCGAUAGACCUGUCGAAAUUGGACGGUCCUGAUCGCGAGGAAGCGGCCGAGGAGAUCUUUAGGGCGGCGGAGAGUGUGGGAUUUUUUCAAGUGGUGAAUCAUGGAGUGCCGUUGGAGCUUCUCGAAUCGCUUAAAAAGGCGGCGUUUCGGUUUUUUGAACAAGAGGCUGAGAAGAAGGCUGUGUUUUUAAAAGGGGUUAGUCCAAGUCCACAUGUUAAGUAUGGGACAAGCUUUGUGCCGGAGAAAGAAGUUGCUUUGGAGUGGAAAGAUUAUGUUAGUAUGGUUUAUACCAAUGAUGAGGAUGCUCUAGCUUAUUGGCCCCAAUAUUGCAAGGAAGUGUCACUUGAGUAUCUAAAAACAUCAAUAAACAUGGUGAAAAAAAUCCUUGAAGUUCUCAUUACUAAGCUUGGAGUGCCCAUAGAGGAGUCCUCAGAGAUUAUUGAAGCUAUGAUUGGUCUCAAAAUGGUGAACAUGAAUUACUAUCCGGCAUGCCCUAAUCCGGAGCUAACCGUUGGCGUCGGUCGCCACUCGGACAUGGGAGCCCUAACAGUGUUGCUACAAGAUGGAAUUGGUGGACUAUAUGUGAAAAUUGAAGGAGAGGAAGGGCCAUGGAUGGAGAUCCCUCCUAUUUCUGGUGCUUUGGUCAUUAAUGUUGGUGAUACAUUACAGAUAAUGAGCAAUGGAAGGUACAAGAGUGCAGAACACAGGGUGAGAACGACAAGCAAAGAAUCAAGAGUGUCAGUCCCAAUAUUCACCAUCCCAAAGCCAAACCAGAAGAUUGGACCCCUGGCUCAGGCGGUGGACAGAGAUGGGUCCCCUCGCUAUAGAGAGGUUCUCUUUCAACAUUAUAUGGCUAACUUUUUUGGGAAUGCACAUGAUGGAAAGAACUCACUUCAGUUUGCCCAUAUUCAUUAACAACAUAUACAUUAAUUUGUAUGGGCUCAGUAUUUGAGAAGAGGGGGUUUUCUUCUUCUUUUUUAUUUAUGUGUUGUUUUCGAUGAGUACUAUACAAAUGGUUAAUUCUAUAGUAUAUUCUUGAAGGAGUUGUUUGGUAUGUUGUAUAAGAGUUGUGUUGUAUUAAAUAAUAAAUAAUAUUAUGUUUGGAUAAAACAAUGUAUUGUAUUAAUUAUUACGAUUGAAAUUUUUAAUACAAUGUAUGUUGUAUUAUUUAAUAGAUAAUAAAUAGUUUGUAUUAGCUUGUA